AUAAUGAUCCUCAAUUUUAUUAUGAUGGAAAUAAUUAUUACUGUAGUAAUAGUAAACAUUGUGAACAACAACCAUUAACAUCAUCAUCAUUAUCAUCGAUGCAUCAUCCAACCAUUGUACCGAAUGUGCAUGAUCCACGUGCCUAUAAUAAUUAUCGUUUUAGUUCGGUUAGUGUUGAUAGUGGUCGUGGUAGUAGUGAAACAACAUUUACCAAUAAGAGUGGACAACAAAAUUCAUCAUCAUUGAAUCAGAAUCGUGCUUCAAUACAAAGCUAUGAAUCAAUAGGAUCGAAUACAUCCAGUAUUGAUCCGUUGCAACAACAUCAUCAACAAGCUAAUUCCCAGCUACAACAACAAAAAUCAUCAUCCAUAUCUUCUUCCUCAUCAUCAACCUCGUCAUCGAUUUGUUCAUCAGCAUCAUCAUCCAGUUCAUCAUCGGCUUUAUCUACAUCGACAACAAGUUCCCCAUCACAAUCCCAGAUUGAUUCAUUCACAACGGCCAAUAAUGUCUUUCUGAAUAUGAAGCCACCGCCAUCAUCAUCAUCAUCAUCAUCUUCAUCGUUUUGUAAUGUAGGGAAUGUUAAUAUGAAAAACGAAAAGGAUCGUCUAUUGGCCAAAGCUGGCCCAUUAACUAUUGCCGAAAUGUUAUUGCAUGGUGUGGCUGAUUCCGAAAUGAUUCACAUUUGGCUACAAAAGAUUCAAAUGUCACAAUUUGAAAAGAAUUUUCUGGAUGCUUGUUAUGAUAUGGCAACUAUAUCGCGAAUGACACCUCAGGACUUGAUUGCCAUCGGCAUCACUGAUCCACAAGCACGUAGCCUAUUCACUAGUGAAAUACAGAAACUUAAAGUACCCGAAAAUCUACCAGAUUAUCGACCUAGUUCAUUACAUGAAUGGCUCAAAUUGUUAAAUCUCGAUUGUUAUCAUCAAGGUUUAUGUCAACAAGGCUAUGAUACAAUUGAUCGUGUUCUACAAUUAACAUGGGAAGAUUUAGAGGAUGUUGGCAUCAAUAAAUUAGGACAUCAAAAAAAGAUAUUAUUGGCAAUCAAAAAAACCAAAUCAAUCAAAUCAUCAUCGAAUGAUAUGUAUGAUUCGUUCAGUAGUCGGCCAACUUCAAAUGGUAAUGAUUUUCGAAUGCUUCCACCACCACCACCAUCACCUUCAUUGUCACAUUCUUUACUUCCGCCAUCUCCAUCGUUAUCAAUGCAGCCAAUUUAUGAUCAAUCACAACGUACGAAAUUGCCAUAUCAUGAACCAGUGACAAUCGAUACUUUAGCUUCUUCUUCUAGUGGUCAAACAACAGCAUUCGUGCCAAACACAAAUUCAAAUGUUGAAUCGAAACAACCAUAUCAGGAUGUAAUGAUCAAAAUGUAUGCCAAUCAUCAUACACCUCGAUCGAUGGCUUCACCAAUCAAUAAUGAUGGUGUAAUGAUGAUGAUGAUGAAUAAUAGGCCAAUAAUGGAUAAUUGUCAUAUUAUUGAUAAACGAACUAAUUCAAUGGCCCCUAUGAUAAUGGCUAUGGAUUCGAAAUCACAACGAAUGCAUACAUUUCAGCAACAGCAACCACAACCAAAUUUAAUGCGAAAUAAUUCAUUGGUACAGAAUCAUAAUUCAAUGAUGAUGAUGAAUCAAUCAUGUCGACGACGAUCAUUAGAAAGUCUAAAUACAAUGACAAAUGAAUCGAUUGUGACCACUGCCACCACCACCACCAACAAUAAUAAUGGAUCCCCGGUUAUCUAUGCCAAUAUGUCAAACAUUAUAUUGAAUAGCACAGUUCAACAGCCACAACCAUUUCCGCAACGAUUAAUGUCGACAUAUCAGUAUUCCAAUAACUGUGAUCCAGUAACAACAAUAAACACCUCCAAUCCAAUGAUGAAUAAUAAUAAUAAUAGGCAGACUAUUUGUUUUCCAGAACCUUUACGGCCUUCAACAACUAUUUUAACAUUUCCAAAUAGUGAUCAUAUUGGAUGCCAGGAUGUAAUGGUUGAUCAACAAACACAAGGAUCAAAUACAUUAAAUCGACCAAAAAUGUUGAUGAUGAUGACAAAUUCAGGACAGAAAUCUCGGGCAGAUCCCACUGCUUCAAAUAUGAUUGAAAUGACAGCAAUGAAUAAUCAGCGACAACAAUCACCUCGAAUGAACAUGUCAAAUUCAGAUAUUUAUUCGACAUUUAAUCAAAAACAACAACUUUGUAGGAAAAAACCUCCACCACCACCACCGCCUCGACGUUUUAAUUCAAUCAUGGAACAACAACAACAGCAGUCGAAUUCGAUGCCUUCAACGCCAAUACAUCAUCAAUUUCAACGGUCACAAUCUAGCCAGGAUAGUCAUUAUCAUCAUUAUGAUGAUAAUGAAGAUGAUGUAUUAUUAGUAAAGCAAUCACAUUUGAAUUGUUCAACAAAACCAACUACUGCUACUGUACGAAAUGAUAAUUUCUUUGCCAAUUGUGUGAAAACAAUGACUAAUAAUUUUUCUGAAAGUCAAUUUCGGGAUGAUUCAGCAGCUACAACUGGGUUACGAAUACAGAAUGUAAAUACGAAUCGUACACUGCCAUUAACUUCUACUAACAAUCAUGGUCAUCAAAAUAAUAAUUCCAAAUCAUCAUUAUCGAAUAUAAUUACGACAAAUAGUAGUAGUUCAUCAGCUGAAUCAAUGUAUUUUGCAAAUGAUAAUAUUGGCACUAUUAGACAUAACAUGCCACCACCAGCAUUUGGCCAUUCAUCAUCUUCAUCGUCGUCUUCAUCAUCAUCAUCAAAAACAACAUCACCUUGUUCGGAUAAAGUAAGCCCUUCAUCAUCAUCAUUAUCGAUGAUAAAUAAUCAACGAGUUGUCGAAUCGGAAUCAUUGACGAAACAGGAUUCUAGCCAAAAAAUUGACGAUUCCUUGGAACAUAUUGAAAUGAUGUUGGCCACAUUGAAAAUGCAGCUUGAUUCAAUCGAUUAACUACUAACGGUUCUAACUCUUUUUACAAACCUAAUUGAUCAAUAAUUAUAAUGAUGGAAAUCAAUUGCUAUUUAUUGUUGAUUUUUUUUAUA